UUUCUUUUCCCCAGUCUGGAAGAAAACAAGGUGUUUUUGUUUCUUGUCAGUGCCUCCAGGGGAUUGAACAGCGUGCUUGUGUGGACUUGCACACAUACUUUCUAAAACCCUUUUCCGCUGCUCUUUGGUUUCAGACUCGCUCGGUGUAAAAGAGUUUAAUAGGACUGAUCUGCAACUGGUGAAGGGGGCUUGAGAUAAUCAGCUCAAUGGCAGUCAUGCAAGCCGCACCCCCCUCCUUAUGUUAGGAGUCCCCCAAGGAAGGCCUGAUGCACAGAUGUUAAGAGCGGCCUAGACGUCUGCAGUAAGCUCAAGCAGCAGAGGUGGGGCUGGAAAAACGCAGAGCAAAGUAGGAUCCACCCAAGUCCACCCCAUUCCUUCAGGGCAAAUAGCUCUCAAGCUGAAAGCGGAGAGAGAACAGGCCCGGCACGUCAACUUGCAGCUCAGCCGGAGGAGAAUGAGAGACUCCACAGAACCAAGCAGAUCAAAAUGGCAGCCGAUUCCACUUCAGGACUUUCGACAGCACUGCGAGAGACUGGCAGCAAAUUCAAAUGAGGGAUUCCAGAAGGAGUUUGAGGAGCUAAAGAAUGUCGGAGAGAGGUACAAGAAAUCUGCAGCUGAGCACCCAGCCAAUAAAAGAAAAAACCGGUGGCUAACUGUCUUGCCUUAUGACCACACAAGAGUGAAGCUGACCAUUAAGGAUGGCAACCCCAGCUCAGACUACAUCAAUGCCAGCUUCAUUCCCGGAUUCAGCAAAGAGCACGAGUACAUCUCCACUCAGGGACCGCUGGCAGCGACCAUAGAGGAUUUUUGGAGGAUGAUAUGGGAGUAUGACGUGCAGAGCAUAGUUAUGCUGACACUGUGCAUGGAGCAUGGCAAGGAAUUGUGUGCAGCCUACUGGCCUUCAGCUGACUCUCCGGUGGUCGGUGGUCAGAUUCAAGUAAGAAGAGUGACAGAGGAGCGCUCUUCAGACUGGACUAUUACUAUGCUAAACCUUACUCAUAGUAUAUCUCAAGUAGAAAGAAAGGUGUGUCACUUUCACUAUACAGCUUGGCCUGAUCGAGGUGUUCCAGUUAGCCCAGCAUCACUGACUUCUUUUGCUGAACUUGUUCGAGAGCACCUGGACAAGAUAAGAACAGGAAGUCCACCUUUAGUGCAUUGCAGUGCAGGCGUGGGACGUAGCGGUACAUUCAUUGCGUUGGACUGGGCUCUGCAACAGAGAAAACUAACAGGAAGCAUCAAUGUGACCGAAAUUGUUUACAAGAUGAGAAAUAACCGAUGUCUUAUGGUGCAAAACUUGGAGCAGUAUGUGUUUUUGCACAAUUGUCUACUCCAGAAGUCAGUGGAAGAGGCAUCAGGACAGCAAGCAAAGGCUGAAUUUUUUAUUUAGCCUCUAAUAAAAUCAAAUUUAAGUGAAUAAGCAACUUCUGGAAUUGUUGAAUAUGUAAAAAAAUAAGUACAAUAAAAAUAUGAAGCUUA